AUGUACUAUCGAGAGAGCACGAGGAGAGGAGUACACGGAUCGUAGUCGUCGUCGUUGUCAUCGUCGUCGUCGUGCGUCCGCGGAGGACUGAUGCGAGAGCGUGCGCGUCCUGCGUCAGUGGAGCAGCAGUAGCCAGCGGCACCAGCGGCACAAUAUCACUAUCGUCGUCGUUAUCGGCAGCCGUUAGUACGUUUGACCGUCAAGAUGUAAGCCCACCGGUUUUCGAAAAAGAGAGAGUCUCGAGUUUGCCGCUGUUGGCCUUCUUCGUUGAAAAAUUAAAAGGGUUGCGAGUAAGAGAGAGAGAGAGAGGGAGAGAGAGAGAGAGAGAGAGAGAGAGAGAGUGUGUGAGGGUGAAAGGGGAGAGGAAAGGCGUUGGACUACCGGGGGAGAAAGAAAGGAGGACGCGAGAAUGGAGGUACCGAGAAAGGGAUCGAUCGCUUCCCGAUAGCUGGCAUGGAGGACACGGCACUAGGCAGGACGAAUCGUCGAUUUUAUUUACGUAUCGGAGAUUAGUUUUGCUUGACAAUAGCAGUUAACAACGCAUCGGCUUGGGAGACGUUGGGAGUGCGUCUGGGAGAGAUCCUUCCUGCAUCGCUAUCUCCGAGGUCCGAGCUAUCGAAUAUGGCAUCAGGAUUGCCGAGCGCUCGUCAGAGGAAGCUUGGACCAGCACCAAUAGCAUCCUUCGAAGACCUGUCGGACGAGGUGGAAAACGGGGAACCAACGACACGAAUGCCAGGCAUCAUCGAGGUCGCCACCCCGGCAACGCCUGGUAGUUCGCUAAAGACACCCAGUACACCAAGAAUUGAUAUCAGCCGGGCGAGCAGUUCCUCUCACCAUGAGGAUAGCAACUCCAGGGAAUCGUCACCCGAAAGAGAGCUUCUCGCAGGUGGAGAUCCUCCUCCAGGGAGUAAGCUGACCUUGGGUUACAAGGAAGAUGCUCAGGAUUUAAGAUCGUCAACGGAGGAAUUGGACUUGCAGGAUCCCAUACACGAGCAAGAUCUCAGAAGGGAAUCGAAGAAGGCGAGAAAACGAAGAGAAGAUGGAUCGCAAUCGGAUUAUAGCGGUGGAACGAGGCAGACGCAAGAUAGGGAACGGAAGGACAGUAAUUGCUCCGAAAUCAUCCUCCUUAACAUCAGUGGUAGAACUUCGAGAUUGUCUUCCGUAGGAAGUCAAGGAUCUGGUGUUUCUGGAAAGCUCUCAGUGGUGUCGGGUACUUCCUCGAGGUCACCGAGUCCGCACAAAUGUCUAUUGGAAACGUCCUUUUGUGGCAGCAAGCCGACUUUAGCUGAUAACUUGAUCGAACCAUCGAAGCCGGAAACCGAAGACUUGGAAAAGAUUCUGUUGAAGCGCGAAGCUGACACCACUAAAGCGUUAAUUCCAGAAAGUAUUAAAGUUUCUAUGGUCGGUGGUAAUUUGAAACCAGAUCCUUUGGAUAAGCCAAGAAGACGUGGCCGUGAAGAAAGAAAAGAGAUUUUUAAGAGAGAAGUGGAAAUUACUAAGAGAUUUUUAGAAAAGGUUAACAUAGAGGUACCAAUCAUUCGUAAAACAUCUGAAUCAACGCAACAACAGCCAGCGAAAACCCAGUCUCAAGAAGUUCAAAAGCCCGCGACCCUCGAUUUUAACGACAAACGAAAAAAAGCUCAGAAUUUUAAAGAGAUCGUCCAAACGACACCAACGGCGAGUAGUUUAAUCAGUAGUCCUAAAUUACCGAGACAUCAAAAGGUGUUUGAUCUCGAGGGAUCGCGGACACCUAGUCCAUCUUCUGUAUCAAGAAAAAGCAGUUUUGCCUCUUUAUUCAAGACCAGGACUGAUGGCAGUGUACUGAGCCCAGGAUCACCAUCGCCCAGUACGAAGCCACGAAGGAGUUUAACGUCGAAGAUAAAGGACACCACGGAGAGCCUGAGGAGCAGAUCGAAAUCGCGCGAGAGAGUCUCCGUCGAUAAGGGUUCUAGUUUGAAGAAGGACUCGAAGAACAAAAGUGUUUUCUCCUCGACCUUGAGUCUCUUUAAGAAACGCGAGAGGAAGAAGAGUUACGACGAGGCGAUCGCUGCUUUCUGUGGAAUCGAGUGCGACAUCGGUAAUGUUGAUCAACCGUCAUUGGAGAGUAUCGGCCAGGUCGAAUUUACUUUCAAUACGGAAAAGGAAAGACGUAAGGAUGACUCGAUCUUCAUCAGCCUUCACGCGGACGAUAGGAACUACGAGGAAGCUUUACCAUCCGAAAGUGUUUCGAUACCGUUAGAAACACCGACUAAAUUAUUGGACGAAUACGACUCUGAACCUCGUACUGGUGGCAUAAUGAUGACGGAAGUUUCUAUAGAGUAUCAUCGUCCUCCGGUCGCUGAGGUGAGAACAGAAGCAAGGAUAGAGAGUACACCGUCGAAAAGAUCUUCCUGGGAGAAUCAAGUGCCACGUAGUCCGUCGAAAGAUUCUCAAAUAUCGACAAGUGGCUCGAGAGAUUCUAAAAUAGGUACACAGAGUGUAAAGAGCGUAGAGAACGCGGUAACAAAAUCCUCGUCACCGUCGAGCGAAGUCAGGCCGACUUCUGGAACGCAACGAAUGUCCAGUAGUUCUUCCAGAGAUUCGAUCGCGAAGAAAACUCCUGAUGCACCAAAAAUCAAGAACAAAAGUAAGGAAGAACAGCAAAUGUUACCACCCGAAAGAGUAGAGGAAGUUGUUCCGCAGCAAAAGAAGAUAGCAGGAAGUGAUGUCCCUGCUACGAAAGCUAUCAACGAGUAUAAGAAAUCAGAUUUUCUGGACGAUGGAUUAUCGGUUAAAACGGCGGAAGCUGAUCUAGUAAAAACGUCUAGCAUAAUAUCAGAUCUUGAUCAUAACAGUUCAGAGUCUGAGAGAGAUUCCGAGAUAGAGUUCAUUCGUAAUAAAGCUGAGAAAAUUACCGAGGAGUUACCCGAUGAACGGAAGGGCCUUUUCAACGAGGAAAGCUUUGAAGAAGAUCUUCCAUAUAUUCCGACUACCUUGCCUUUGGAAAAGAGCGUAGCUGUACCGAUUCUGCCUGUGAAACAACGACUUCAAGAAGUGAGAACGAUUCCAAUCGAAAGGCCACGUUCAACGACGCCCAUCAAUCCAACUCUACUGGACGAGUUCGUAAUGCAGACAUCUCUAGACGAAAGACGUGUAGAAAGAAUGAAGAUAUCCUUACCUCGCGAGGAUAGUUUUAAACUGAAGAGUCCAAAGAGACACGCUACUAAUACUUUCUCCGAGUUUGCGGGUAAAGUGACGGAUGGUAAUCGUAACAGAGCAGCUGGCAAGUCGCCCAGUCCACCACCUUUACCACCGAGAGCACCAACCAGACCCAACAAUUGGAUAAAUUUCGAGGAGAUCCCGGAGAAGAGAAAGGCACCGAAAAUAAUUCAAACGAUUCCACGUACCGAGGACGAAGUUAAGACUACCGGUUACAGCUACGUUCAACCCGAAGAGUGUAGAUGCGAGUGUCACGAGGAGUCGAGGAGAGCUUCGAUCAGAGAGGCAACAGCAACGAGGACUUCGUCAUGUAGUAGUAACGGAGAACGAGCAUGCAACGGUGAGAAUUGCAUCCUGCCGACUACGAGCUCUGUCGAUCGUGCCAGCAUCGUCAGUGACAGCUCCUUGGAAUGUAGCUUGAGCAUUGAGGACAACCAAAUUAUCGGUCAAGCUGUCGCUGGUCAGCAGGUCCUCGGCUCGGGGAAACCUUUCGGCAUGGAUCUCGACGUGAGAUCGAAUCGAUCGAGUAUCGUUUCUCAGGAAGAAACCGAUGAGAAUUCGCAUCAAUAAUGGUACGGAAGCGAUAAAGAAACGUAUCUAAUCUUAUUAGAAUCUUCCGGAGUUCGUUCGAUCGUGCUGCAGAGAUCACUGAGAACGUCACACGAGGAUCGAAGAUAGAUCAAAGGUUUGCUCCGAUCGUAGGAUCGAUCUUAUCGAACCUUCCGAUUAAUUUCAAUCUCGAUUCUGAUAUAUUUUAUCGGAAUUGGUAUUCAAUGAUCGAUCCUAUGAUCAUGGUCAUUCGAGAGUCUCCUUCAAAUUGUUAUGUAAAGGAACAAAAAAACUAGCACAAUGACGCACGUAGAUAAAGUAAGCGAUGCCUCGCUGCCAGCUAAAUAAUAAAAUAGAAAGAUUUUAUCCGUAUUCUAGAUAAGAAUAAAAAAAAUAACAAUUGGACUGAAACGAACGAAACAGAACGCUCUCGUUGCAAAAGAUCGAAGGAGUAUUGUCGUCGACACGAUUUUCGGACAGAUCUCUGUUUCUCUCUUUCUCUCUCGUUCUCUUUCUAUUUUAUGAUCUAAACUCUCGUCUCACGCGUUUGCGUGUGUCACGAUCGACUUUCUUUAUAUUCGUACAUGUUUUUCGAAAGUCGAAGAGUUCGUUUGCAAGAUUUAUUCGCGAUUAUUGAUCAUCGUGUUUGUUCCGACGUAUACCAGUAUAUGUAUAAAUACGUACAACGUAUAUAUACCUUCGUUCCCGCGUUUCGUAACGUUCGUAAGUCCGCGAUCGCGCGUUGAAAGAAACUUGAAGAUGUUUAAAGAAAAAAGAAAAAAACAGAAAAAUGAAAAAGGUCAAAAAAAUUCAAAAUAAUAGGAUCUCUUUCUCUCUCACUCUGUCUCUUUCUCUCUCUCUCUCUCUCUCUCUCUCUCUCUUUCUCUUUCUCUCUCGGAUUUUGAUCUCUCUUUCUUUUACAAGCGGUCAUUAGCCGGUAUGCAGACGUCGAGCAAUGAUUUGUCCUUAUCAAAAUAGAUCGACCAAAAAAAGUAUGAGCAAAAUUUGCGCUCCGAUGGACGUUGCUUUUCAUUUAAAAUCUCACUAUCUUCAUCUUAUCGUCAAAAUUCUUAUCGGUGCUCGGGGAGAUGAUCGUUGGCAAUAUGCGAGAGCCUCGACGUCACGAAUCCUUCCAUCUUUCGAAGAAAUUAUUUUAUCGACUGUUGUAUACACUGACCGCGAAGAGGGGAGGUUUCGUUACGAUCGCUGAAAAAUUAGGCACUCGAAAUACGAACGAAUAUGAUCGCGUAGUUAGCAUCCUCGCAUUGUUCGUUUACUCAUUUGAUCGAAGAAAGUGGUAUCUCGAAUGUAACUUCUUUUUCUCCCGUAUCUUUGGUGCUCGUGCAUUUAACGAGCAAAUACAAAAGUAUUUGGUGAAUAAACUGACUUACAUAAAA